UUCUCUGGUUAUAGGAGUGCAUUAUUAAGAACGUAUUGAAUACUGUGAACUUUUUCAAAAAUGUAUAUCAAUCCCGUGAAUCUCAUAAAUAUUUUGUCGACUUAUUUUAUGAUGAUGAAUUUGCCCGAAACACCAGUGAAUGAGAAUGAAAUGAAAUUAGCAGAUACAAUUAAAGAGUUUUUAAUUGAAAGCAUAAACACAUACACGAGAAUCGAAAUUGAAGAAGACGAAAGCUUGGAAUUUCAAGAACAAUUCAAACACCAUGAGCCUGAAAGUAUAGAAGACAGUGAAUUGGAAUGGGAUUCAAUUUCAUCUGACGAGGCAGAUGACUCUCAAUGUACAAAAAAUGAAGAUGAGAUUUCAUUCGAUUACAAGAAAAAAGCUGUGGAGUUUUGGAGAAGUGGAAAAACAAAAAAUUUAAAUAUUCGUACAGUUGCAUACCGUUUUAAAAAAGUGAUUUCUAAAACACAAUUGAAGCGUUGGGCUCAUCAAAUCAAUAAAGGAGGGACUUUUGAAGAAAAAUUAAAUGAGAUAUCUCAAUAUACUUUAAAUCUCUUCAUUGAAGCAACUGAAUGUGGCAAGAUAGUACACGAUAUUGAUUUGCGACGAUGGGCUUUGACAGUACAUAAAAAUUUCAUGAAUUCCGAUGCACGAUUCAAAGCGUCAAAAAAAUGGGUGAAUAAGUUCAAAAGAGCACAUCGCAUUACGUCUCGGAAAAUUACAAAAUUUAUUACCCGGCAAACUUUAGAAGACUCAAAAAAUCUUAAAAAAACGGCUGAAGAGUUUACAAAUAACAUUAAAUCUGUUAUCAACGACCUUGGUCUGGAAAACGUUUACAAUUCAGAUCAAAGUGGAUUUCAAUUUGAAAUGCAUUCUGGUCGCACUCUUGCAAACCAAGGAUCAAAAGAAAUUGAAUGCGUUGUUCAAUCUAUAUCUUCAACAACUCAUUCUUAUACGAUUCAACCAACGAUAUCCGCCGAUGGAAAAUUACUUUCACCGUUAUAUUUUGUAUCAAAAGAAAUCGGUGGUGACUUUGGCCCACGCGUAGAAAAAACGUUGUUCAAACCCACAAACGUUUUUGUUUCGGCAUCGAAAUCUGGAAAGUUAACAUCAGAUCAUUUCAAACAGUGGCUAACCGAAAUCCAAAAGGGACAACAGGACAAAUACAACCAUUAG